GGUCAAAACUGUCAAAAAAAUGUCAUUCUUUCGAAUGUUUAAAAAGCCGUUGAAAUUUGUUUUCUUUUUAAAUGAAACAAACAAAUACAAAUAGACAGUACUAAUUGUAGUAUUUGAAAGUUUUAAGAAUGUAUAUCAAGUCCAUAGUUCUGGACGGUUUCAAGUCCUACGGACAACGAACCGAAAUAACCGGAUUUGAUUCGAUGUUUAAUGCCAUCACUGGUCUAAAUGGCAGCGGAAAAUCAAAUAUAUUAGAUUCAAUCUGUUUUGUCCUGGGUAUAUCUAAUUUAACACACGUUAGAGCAAACAGUUUACAAGAUCUCAUCUACAAGAGUGGUCAAGCCGGUGUUAACAAAGCCACUGUCUCCAUAACUUUCGAUAACAGAAAUAACACUCAAUGCCCUUCUGGUUACGAAAACAUCGACGAGAUCGUUAUUACAAGACAAAUCGCCAUCGGCGGCAAAAAUAAAUAUAUGAUAAACGGUACGAAUGUAACGAGCAAAAAAAUUCAGGAUUUGUUCUGUUCUAUACAGCUGAACGUGAAUAACCCGCACUUUCUGAUUAUGCAGGGACGGAUCACGAAAGUUUUAAACAUGAAACCGCCCGAAAUUUUAUCGAUGGUUGAAGAAGCUGCAGGUACUAGAAUGUAUGAAGUAAAGAAGCAAGCAACACAGAAGCUAAUUGAGAGGAAAGAUGCAAAACUCUUAGAAUUUCAAGCUGUCAUUAGAGAGGAACUUCAACCGAAACUGGACAAACUAAAGGCAGAAAGGGAGCAUUUUCUAGAGUUCCAGAGAACGGAAAGGGAACUGGAACAUUUAAUGGGUUUGUAUCAAGUGUGGCAAUAUUUUGAAGCAAAACGGAAUCUCAUGAAGGCUGAAAAGGCGUUGGAGGAUGGCGAGAACAAAGUUAGAUCUAUGGAAGGCCAAAUCGAACAAAACAGAGUGACUAUCCAGGAACUGGAAGGAGAAAUUGAGAAUAUAACUAGUAAUAAUCAAUCGGAGUUUUCCAAAGAACUUUACGAAUUAGAAGUUCAAUUAAAGGCAAAGGAAAAACACGAAACUACUAUAAAUUCUUCAGUAAAGUCUAUAAAGGAGAAUAUUUCAGUUGAAGGGAAGAAAAAGGCACAGUUGGAAAAGAGGGUUGUUAGUGACGAAAAAGCUUUGGAAACCCAGCAAAAUCAACUGAAUAAGGUCCAGUCGUUAUUCGAGACGUUGAAAGAGAACGACAAGAGAGACAGCGAAGCUUUCUCAUUGGCUGAAAGAAAAUACGAGGCUGUUUGUACCGGGAUGGAAGUUAACGAUCAAGGGGAAAGUGAAACGCUCCUGGAGCAACUGAUGAAUACUAAAGAGGAAGCUUCAAAGGCAAGUACGGAAAGUAAGCAGGCUUCUAUGGAGCUGGUUUUCUGCCAAAACAAAUUGAAGGAGAUGCAGAAACAGGCGACUGCAAAUUCGUCGGAUUAUGAGAAGGAUAAAAGUGAUAUGGACAAAACGGAGAAGGAGGUUACACAGUUAGAAUCUUCUAUGGCCAAAUUAAACUAUUCAGAAACUCGUAUGGCCGACUUGCAAGAACACAUCAGAACCUUGAACGUAGAAGUGAGAAAUUUGAGGGACUCUGUUGAAAAUUUCGAAGCUAGCAAACCAUAUACCAGCUGCAAAUAUAGAGAUCCUGAACCGAAUUUCAAUAGGUCUCGAGUAAAGGGGGUUGUGUGUAAAUUAAUUAAUUUGAAGGACAAUAGGUAUGCUACAGCAUUAGAGACAGCAGCUGGCGGUAAGUUGUUUAAUGUUGUCGUUGACACUGAUGACACAAGUAGGAAACUGCUACAAAAAGGCGAUCUUCAGACAAGAACUACUUUUAUUCCUUUAAAUAAAAUAUCGUCGAGCAGUAUGGAUCAAAACACUAUUCGCUUGGCUCAAAAUUUGGUGGGUGAAGAAAAUUGUAUGCCGGCUUUGUCCUUGAUAAACUACGACAAAUCCUUAUCGGCAGCCAUGCAAUACGUGUUCGGCAACGUAUUUAUUUGUAAGGACAUAAACGUAGCUAAAAAAGUGACGUUUCACGAUAGGAUCCGGAAAAGAUGCGUCACAUUGGACGGCGAUUCAACUGACCCUUCAGGUACUCUUAGUGGUGGUGCCAGACAAAAAGGAGAAUCGAUUUUGAAACAACUUCAACAAAUAAUAAAACUUGAGAAUGAAUUAAGAAUUAAAGAAGAAGAAUUGACACAGAUAACAAACGAAAUGAGACAAUUGAGCGGAACUCAGGAACAGUACAACUCUUUGAAGUACAAGCUGGAAAUCGCUAAACAUCAAUUGAAGUUGAUUAACCACAGAUUAAUGAACACCACAUUCGCUAGACAGAAGGAAGAAUUGGAUACUUUGAAGAAACAAAUAGCGGACCUCCAAGUGAAAGUAAAAACCAGCCAGGAAACAGAAAAACAAUGCCUGGCAAAAGUCAAAGACUUGGAAAACAAAAUGAAAGACGCCACUGGAUACCAAGAAAGGCGACUCAAGGAAGCCGAAGCGGAAAUGAAGAAGGCCAAAAGCCAAGCGGACAAGAGCAAGAAGGAAUGGGCCCAGAGGGAACAGGAGUACCGGACGCUGACGUUGGAGAUCGAAGAGCUAACCAAAACGGUAAAAACGACCAAAGAAGAAAUUAUUUCGACCGAGGAAAGUAUUGCCAAAAUGCAAGAAGAGUACGAUCAAAUUUUGGAAAAGUUGGAUGAGGCCAAGAAAGAUGUGUCCGAAUGUCAGUCAGAAGUAAAAAGACUGAAAAGCAUAAUAACAGAGAAGAACAAAGAGGUCCAAGGAAAGAUAAAGAAAAAAGACCAAUUAGCUGCACAGAUCGUUGAAUUGGAGCUACAGAUUAAGAAGUAUUCCCACGAAUUGAAGGACUUGAAAAGUGCCUGCAAGAAUUCCAAAUUCAGGGAACAAGAGUAUGCGAAAAAAAUCGGUAACAACGAUUAUAACAAGGAAAAAGGCGAAUCGCUCACGCCUAAAGAAGGCGAAGACCUGGAGAGAAGAAUAAAAUUACUUCAGGAAAAGACGCAUAAACUGGGCAGAACAGUGAAUGCGCAAGCUCAGAACAUGUUUAGCGUUGAGGAAAAAAGGUUUGAAGAUAUACUGAAGAAACAGAAAAUCGUGCAAGUCGACAGGGCAAAAUUGGUGAAACUGAUUGCUCAGUUGGACGGAAAAAAAGAGAAUGCCUUAAAACUGGCUCAUGAGCAAGUGUCAAAAGAUUUCGGUUCAAUUUUUUCCACACUACUUCCAGGGGCAAACGGUAGACUUGUACCCACGUUGGGCAAAACAAUUUUACAAGGAUUAGAGAUUAAGGUUUCCCUUGGUAACGUUUGGAAAGAUAGUUUGACCGAGCUCAGUGGCGGACAGCGGUCUUUGGCGGCCCUGUCCCUUAUUCUGGCCAUGCUGCUUUUUAAACCUGCCCCACUGUACAUUCUCGAUGAAGUUGAUGCAGCUCUGGACCUUUCGCAUACCCAGAAUAUCGGCAGUAUGUUGCGAUCUCACUUCAAAAAAUCGCAGUUUAUUGUAGUAUCUCUUAAAGACGGCAUGUUCAACAAUGCAAACGUUCUCUUCAGAACAAAAUUCUUAGAUGGAGUUUCCACAAUACAAAGGACAGAAAACACAAAGAAAGGUUAAGAAAAAUUUCAUUACAUCAUUUUUUUAUUCCAACUUUCAGUAAUAAAAUAUUUUGUUUUCUUAUUCUGUACAUUUCAUUACUUAAUAAAUCUUUUUUGUACCACA